CAGGUCACGUGCAACAUGCCCUCAUACAUAUUCGGGACCACUAGACUAUUAAGGCUGAGAGACUGUCCUCUUCUUAUCGCCAUGUCCAAGUCAAAACCCCCUCCUCCGGGAAUAUAUGUACCCACCGUCCUCUUCUUCAACGAAGAUGAAGACUUUGACAUUCCAGCCAUCAAGGCACACGUUCUCCGCCUUGCCCAGGCUGGUCUGACAGGCAUCAUCGUACAGGGUAGCAAUGGCGAAGCCCAGCACCUGUCUCACGAGGAGCGGAAGCAGGCCAUAAGUCUCACUCGUGAAACACUAGACGAGAAUGGCUACAAGAACGUCGUUAUCAUCGCGGGAUGUGGCGCCCCAUCUGCGAGGGAGUCCAAAAAGUUAUGCGCAGAUGCAAAAGAAGCGGGGGCCGACUUUGUAAUCGUACUCACCCCAUCAGUGUGGGUAAAACGGAUGACCAGAGACGCCAUCUUGGCAUUCCAUCGCGAGGUCGCAGACCACUCGCCGCUACCCUACCUGAUAUACAACUUCCCCUCUGUCACAGCGGGGAUUAAUCUGGAGUCAGAUGUUAUCCUUGAACUUUCCGAUCAUCCGAAUAUUGUCGGCACGAAGCUGUCCUGUGGAAGUAUAGGAAAACUUCACCGACUUACCUCUGCCAAACCGAGCUCCGAAUUCGCUACAUUCGCCGGUUCAUCAGAUGUGCUGCUACAGGGCUUGCUAUCGGGGAGUGCAGGCGCCAUCGGUGCCCUUCCCAACAUCGUUCCGAAGCUGCACAUGAACCUCUAUAAACUGUACCAGGAAGGAAAAAUCGACGAAGCAAUGAAUCUCCAGGCACAAUUGGGACAGGGUGAUUAUGCAACUUCAAAGUUAGGUAGUAUCAGCGCCAUCAAAGCAUUGGUUUCUCAGAACUUUGGUUAUGGAAAAGAGUAUGUCAGGACACCACUCCGCAUGGCGACUGCUGAGCAGUUGCACGGGCCAUACUAUGACAAGUUGGUGGAAAAGCGUGUCUCGUAGAUGUACACGUUAGUACUUGAGGAGUAAAUCGAAUCGCUGCAGUGUGCGGACGUG